ACAUGUUUUCAUACACGCGUUGUCUGAAAAGUUUAGUGAUAUUUUAAGGAUUUUCCGGGAUUUUCUCGAUAAUUUGAUCCAUGGACAUCUCAAGAGGUGGAACGAGAGCCUCGAAUGGAAAAGUUUAUCCAAAUCAGGCACAGCGACGCCUCUUGCGAAAAUUAGUGGCGGAGAAGAAGGAAAAAUCUAAGGAUGCCGGAGUUACAAAUCGAAAUAGAUUAGUGGACUUCAGGAAAUGGGCGCCAGAACUCAACAAAUUGGGGCCUCCAAUGCGUUCAGCGCUCAAAUGGAAAAAUUGCUGGUUUCAUCACAAGCGGCAGAGAAAUUUCUUUGAGUUCUACUACAAAACAGUCAGAGUGGCUUCUCAAAAGGAGAAGGACGUUUGUCAGGCGAAGCUCCCUAAGAAGAGAAAAGUUUGCAAGAAAAUGCAGAUACGCAAAUUUCUGGAGCUGCUUAAGAAUAAAAAGGACGAGAGUGAAUCUCGUGGUGAGCCUUUUACGACAAUUACGACAGCAGAUUUCAGAAAUUGGACAAAAGUUCUCAACAAAUUGGGUCCAAUUUAUCCAGUGGACAAAUGGAAAAUGACUUGGAAGACAAUGAAGAAACAGAAGAAGGACAACGUGUAUUUUAAGUCAGAAGAUUUCAGCAAGUAUAAGGAAAUUGGCUGUGGAUCUUCGGAAGAAUUCUACUUGAGUGACGAUGAUUCUGCUGAAGAUAUGGAAGUUCAAGGCACAAAGCCGAGUGAAAUGUGCGAAAAGGAAGCUUCUAAAAGAAGUGCAAGGGAAACGGAUAAUGAAAUCUGUGAUUCAUUUACGGAAAGCGAUGUUGAUCAGAACUUUUCGAGUCUCUGUCGCAUUUGCUUGAAAAAGCGAAAGACAAUGAAUACUUUCGUUGAUGGAUCGUACAGGAACAUCUCAUAUUUGGAUAUUUAUCACGAAUGCAUAGGAGAGGCAUUCAAAAUAUAUCCCUUUUGCUCCACUGACAUUUGUGAACUCUGCGAAAAGAAUUUUCUCAACAUGUACAUUUUUCGGGGAAUAUGUUUGCAGACAGAAACAAAGUUAUCUUACAUUGAAAGUCAGAAGGACGAAACUUUCGACUCUGUCGAGGAGGAGUUCAGUGCUGAAGAUAACAUGCCACUGCUUCAGGUUAACAUUCCGGAUGAGUACGAUGAAGACAGUGAAAUGGAGGGUCUUGAGGAAAAAUCUAUACCUGAGGAAAUUGGAGAAUCUCUUGAUCAGAAGGACGUAUUUCUGAGUGUUGAGCCCUUUGAUCAAUGCGAUGAAAAAAUGAUAUUUUCAGAGAGACCUAAAUUAUUCGAUAAAAAUGAAGAAAACACGCCGGAAAAUACGGGAGAAACAAAAUCAAUUUCGCAAGAUCCAAUGCAAUGCAAGGCCGAAUCCAAAGAUGCGUGUCACGUGAAUGAGGAUAGCAAUUCUGAUCCUGAGAACAAUAAUAUGGAUUCUGAAAAAGAUUCUGAAGUCUGUGAUGAGGAGAAUGUUGAAAGUGGAAGAAUAUCAAGAUUUCAUAAACGAUCCGUACAGGAGAAUGAAACAAAGACCGGAGAAAAGGCUACGAAAGAACGACCCAACAAAGCACAAAUUGCACUUUUGCGUAAGUUGGUGGCCGAAAAGAAGGGUGCAAAUGAAAAGUUUGGAGUUCGUGAGUUUCGAUUGAAGAAUUUUGAUUUCAAACGCUGGGCGCCUGAAUUGAAUGCUCUCGGACCACCUUUUAGAUCAGGACUCAAGUGGAAAGAUUGUUGGUUUAUUCACAACAAAAAGAAGACUGGAUUUUAUGACUUCAUGUACAGGAAUAAAAGGAAAAACUAUGGCACUGAUAAGCCCUUGAGCAAGAACAGACAGAGAUUGAAUCCUAAUCCGACGAUGCGUCAAAGAAUGAAUAAGAAACAAUUGAGAGUCUUUGAAAACUUCUUCAAGGAGCGCAGAGAAAAGUCUGAGUCUUCGGAAAGUAGGAUAUCCCUCUUCACGAGAGACUUUGUAGAUUUGAAACGAAGACUGAAUCUACUUGGUCCACCAUAUAGGACUGUAAACGAGUGGAAAUUGACUUGGCGCCACACAAAGAAGAAUUCCCUCAAAGCAUUUGCUAAUGACGUUCAGGAAAUUGGAUAUGAGUCUUCCGAUGCAUAUUACUUCUCAAAUGAAUCAUCAGAUUACAGUAGUGAUCAGGGAGAGGAAAACGGUGAUGCGCUUAAGAAAAAUACCAGACAGGCAGAGACGGGUGAGUCUUCGGAUUCUUGUGCAGAGUAAAUCACACAUUGUGAUGCAUGUGAAUUUGUAAUAAAAAAAAAUGAAUUCGCCGAUUAACGAGAAAACUUAAAAAUAAAUUUGUUAUCAACUG